AUGGCGUGCGAGAACAGCAACGUUACUGCCAAUGGCGAUGGCCUGUGCAUGGCGACGCCCCGCGCUGACCCGCUUAACUGGGGGAAGGCGGCGGAGGAGCUGAUGGGCAGCCACCUCGACGAGGUGAAGCGGAUGGUGGCCGAGUACCGCCAGCCCUUGGUGAAGAUCGAGGGCGCCAGCCUCCGCAUCGCGCAGGUGGCCGCCGUGGCCGCCGGCGCUGGCGAGGCCCGCGUCGAGCUCGACGAGUCCGCCCGUGGCCGGGUCAAGGCCAGCAGCGACUGGGUCAUGAACAGCAUGAUGAACGGCACCGACAGCUACGGCGUCACCACCGGCUUCGGCGCCACGUCCCACAGGAGGACCAAGGAGGGCGGCGCUCUCCAGAGGGAGCUCAUCCGGUUCCUCAACGCUGGCGCAUUCGGCACCGGCACCGACGGCCACGUCCUGCCGGCCGAAGCCACGAGGGCGGCCAUGCUCGUCCGCAUCAACACCCUGCUCCAGGGGUACUCCGGCAUCCGCUUCGAGAUCCUGGAGGCGAUCGUCAAGCUGCUCAAUGCCAACGUCACGCCGUGCCUGCCGCUCCGCGGCACGGUCACCGCGUCCGGCGACCUCGUGCCGCUCUCCUACAUUGCCGGCCUCGUCACCGGGCGCGAGAACUCUGUUGCAGUCGCCCCGGAUGGCAGCAAGGUGAACGCCGCAGAGGCGUUCAAGAUUGCCGGCAUCCAGGGCGGCUUCUUCGAGCUGCAGCCCAAGGAGGGUCUUGCGAUGGUGAACGGCACGGCCGUGGGCUCUGGCCUUGCCUCCACCGUGCUCUUUGAGGCGAACAUCCUAGCCAUCCUUGCCGAGGUCCUGUCCGCCGUGUUCUGCGAGGUCAUGAACGGCAAGCCGGAGUACACCGACCACCUGACCCACAAGCUGAAGCACCACCCGGGACAGAUCGAGGCGGCUGCCAUCAUGGAGCACAUCUUGGAGGGAAGCUCCUACAUGAAGCUUGCCAAGAAGCUCGGCGAGCUGGACCCGUUGAUGAAGCCGAAGCAGGACCGGUACGCGCUCCGCACGUCGCCGCAGUGGCUUGGCCCCAGAUUGAGCAAGGCUCUUCACGGUGGCAACUUCCAGGGCACGCCCAUCGGGGUGUCCAUGGACAACACCCGUCUCGCCAUCGCAGCCAUCGGCAAGCUCAUGUUUGCGCAGUUCUCUGAGCUCGUCAACGACUACUACAACAACGGCUUGCCCUCCAACCUGUCCGGUGGGCGCAACCCCAGCUUGGACUACGGCUUCAAGGGCGCCGAGAUCGCCAUGGCGUCCUACUGCUCUGAGCUGCAGUUCCUGGGGAACCCGGUCACCAACCACGUCCAGAGCGCGGAGCAGCACAACCAGGACGUGAACUCGCUCGGACUCAUCUCCUCCAGGAAGACCGCUGAGGCCAUCGAGAUCCUGAAGCUCAUGUCCUCGACGUUCCUGAUCGCCCUGUGCCAGGCGGUCGACCUGCGGCACAUCGAGGAGAACGUGAAGAGCGCCGUCAAGAGCUGCGUGAUGACGGUGGCGAAGAAGACUCUGAGCACCAACUCCACCGGCGGUCUCCACGUCGCGCGCUUCUGCGAGAAGGACCUGCUCCAGGAGAUCGAGCGCGAGGCGGUGUUCGCGUAUGCCGACGACCCCUGCAGCGCUAACUACCCGCUGAUGAAGAAGCUUCGCAACGUGCUCGUGGAGCGCGCCCUCGCCAACGGCGCUGCCGAGUUCGACGCCGAGACAUCCGUGUUCGCCAAGGUCGCCCAGUUCGAGGAGGAGCUGCGCGCGGCGCUGCCCAAGGCGGUGGAGGCUGCACGGGCGGCUGUCGAGAACGGCACGGCAGCGGUACCAAACAGAAUCACCGAGUGCCGCUCCUACCCGCUCUACCGCUUCGUGCGCGAGGAGGUCGGAGCCGUGUACCUCACAGGCGAGAAGACGCGCUCUCCCGGCGAGGAGCUCAACAAGGUGCUCGUUGCCAUCAACCAGGGCAAGCACAUCGACCCGUUGCUCGAGUGCCUCAAGGAGUGGAACGGCGAGCCCCUGCCCAUCUGCUGA